AUGGCGCUAGCCUUGUGGCUGUCGUUGGGGGGAUUUCUCGAUGGUGCAGGGGUUGUGGCUGCGCCAGCGGCUGCGCCAGCUGCCAUCCCUCAAAAGAUCUUCACCUUUUGGGAGACCCCGCCGUGGCCUCCUUCGGUCCAGCGGUCCAUUGACACCUGGCGCAAGCAGAAUCCUGAGUGGCAAAUUCAGGUCUUGACGCCUUCGACGCUGCGCGAGGCCUUGGACGACGAGGCCUUGGACUUCGUCGCCUCGCCCGCGGCGCUGGCCAUGCGGCGCCUGGGAGCCACACACUUCAGCGACCUCGUGAGGGUGGAGGUCUUGGCACAGCACGGUGGCCUUUGGCUGGAUGCCACGGUGGCUUUGACCCAGCCAGUGAACACUUGGAUCGGACGUGACAACCGCGGCGAAGAGUGUUUGGAGGGCUUCGAUUUGGACUUUGAGCAAUUGGAGGCCAAGUCCGUGAACCUGCGCCGUUCCGCCAAUUGGACCGAGCACUUCGUGCGCGGCCGCCUCGCGCUGCGGAGUGGAGACCCCGAGGCCGAGAGGAUGCCGGAGACCUGGGCCUUCGCGGUGCAACCGAAGUGCUUUGUGGCCAUGGCCUGGAGAGAGGCCCAACGACGUUUGGUACGAGACCCCAGAGGCUACGUGGAAGCCUUGAGCGAGGCCUCGGAGGGCUUGCCGUCCUCGUAUCGGAAGUGGCUCCCCCACUUAGGCGGCUCCUUCUCUUUGUGGCAAGCGGCCACCCACAACCCCAGCCGGGUUCACUUCCGCCCGGCGGAAGACUGGGCGUUUCGGCAUUUGGACUACAUGCCGGCGCCGUGGGCAUUGGGUCCUCCGCUGCCGCUGGAUUACAUGACGGACUACGCUGGUGGACCCGUCUUUGGUCUAGCGAGACCGCAUGAGGUCUAUCCCAGUUCGGUGGGUCCGCUGAUGAAGCUUCGACGCUUAGACCGUUGUGCGUUGGAUGCCAUCAUUGCCUUCCGGAGUUAUGUGAAAGACUCCCCGUUAGUUCAAAUCUACGAGCUGCCUCUGGAGCCACGCUGGUGGCCUAGCCGCUCUGUGGGAGAGGCGAUGGCCGCUUUUGAGGCGAAUCAUUGUGGCACAACCGACGUCUUUCUGCAGGCGAACGUCGCCCAGUAUUUUGGGUUCAGAAAGGCUGUGAAGAGCAGCCACAUGAAGAAGGUUCAUGAGGUGGUCUCAGUGCUGAGUGGCCAAAAGCCACAUGAACAUGCAGACGAGGAAGAGAUUGCCCCCCACGGCCGAGGUCAUCCCAAGGAUGAAUUGCAUGAAGAGCCAGUGGUGAAAACCCAGGAGAUGACCAAGGAGGAGGAGAAGCUCUUUGAAAAGAAUGGUGCUCAAGAGAAGCCAGUGUCGCCUAUGGAAGAGAAGCCCGUGUCACCCACAAUGGAGGAGAAGCCAGAAUCACCCCCGAGCGAGACCGAAGAAGUUUCCAGCCCCAGUCCAACAGCCAGCGGCGAGGACGAUGAUGAGGACGAGGACGAGGACAAUGAAGCAUCAUCGGCGGAGGGCUCUCAAGGGACUUCCGAGCCGCCACAACCAGGCAUGGACGAGAACAAGCAGACAAGCAAGGAAGAUACAGGAUCUGGCACUGACAGCACUGCGGACACCGCGGACGACACCGCCGACUCCGCGAACGCCGGCAUUGACUGUGGAGCUCGGAAGGGAGCGGCCAAAGGCUCCGCUCUGUGGUGCGGUUGCAAUGUGAACGCUCAGCCCGUCGGCAGCCAAGAACUCUGCGAGCAUCCUGGUGGUGGACGAAUCGACGUUUGCCAAUGGUCUUCGGAGAGCUCCUCUUGUGUGCCCAAGUCCGAGAAGUCCUGA